UUCUGAUGACUCGGGGUUUCUAUUUACCGUACGGGAGGACGAAUAAUAAUCAGUGUCACGUUAGAUGAGUCAGAUCACAUUCUGAAGGCUAUGAGAAAGGAGCCGUUUGUGCGUGACGCUGUUGAGGUCUGGUGUUAUCUUCGAGCUGCCUAAAAAUACCGUCUCAAACACAGAGCCGGAGGGAGCGGUUACCAUUUCAGAUCCCCGAUGCUCACUGUAGAGGGAGGCAUGCACACACACACACACACACACACACACACACAGUUCACACAUAUCGUCUGAGGAAAAGUUGAGGUGCUGCUCUGGGAUCCUGCUCGGGAACGGAUUCAAAGCUGUAAACAGUUAGAAGAAAGAGAGGUGAGCCAUGUCCUCCCGUGUGGUGAAGUCCAGAAGCAGGAACCCAUACACGGCUGUGCAGGUGGACCCAGACAGUGACUACAUAACACCGGGAACAUUAGACCUGGAGCAGCUGUUCUGGACCAGCACCGGGGCUCAGUACGCACACGUCAACCAGGUCUGGCCCAGCGUCUACGUGGGGGACGAGAAGACAGCUCUAGAGCGGCCCGGCCUGAGGGUUCUGGGUAUUACACAUGUCCUUAAUGCAGCAGAGGGAAAGUGGAAUAACGUAUUGACUGGUGCUCAUUACUACACUGACAUGGACAUACAGUACUUUGGUGUGGAGGCCGAUGACAAACCCACCUUUAAUAUCUCCCAGUACUUCUGCUCUGCGACCCAGUUCAUCCGCGAGGCCCUCAGUCACCCGCAGAACAAGGUGCUGGUGCACUGUGUGAUGGGUCGGAGCAGGUCAGCCGCUCUGGUCUUGGCGUACCUGAUGAUGGACCAUGGCUUAACCGUGGUGGACGCUGUUGAGCAUGUGCGACAGCGGCGCUGCGUUCUCCCCAAUCACGGCUUUUUGAGACAGCUCAGAGCCCUGGACAUCACGCUGCAAGAGGACAGGCUGAGACACAAGAGAGAGAUGCAGAAACAAUAGCACAAAGUAGAAAAUACAUUUGUCUUCUGAAUCUCCAGUGUACA